GUUUCCUUUGAGCCUCCCUGUAGCCGUCUCUUCUUCACACACUCGCACCUCCGCCAGCCCUGUGGUGCUUCCAGCACGCAGCAUCUGACACUCAGUUAAAAGCUGCUGGCGCAGAGGUUCAGUAGCUGGCAAACGGAAGCAGGUCCGCUGUCAUUAUUAAAAACUCGGCGGCAGUAACAAACGGAGGCGUGGAGCUGCAGAUCUGAAGCAGCGGACCAGACUGCGUCUGACAGAGGUUCGCAGAGGUCUGGAAGCCAGAGGGAAGGAGGGAGGUCCCGGGCUGCGCAGAGGAGGCAGGACUUUCUGGCUCCGUGGUGCGCUCCGACACCAGAGGUCCGCUUUAAUAUCAGAGGAGGAGUGGAAGCAGAUCAGCUUUUAACACCGCGCAGACACGGAGGCUGCGUGCAGUCCUGAACAGACUAACAUCGAGCAUCAGUGCGUUAAACGGAAUUUUUGGAUUGACGCCUCAGAUUUAAGAUUUUUUUUCCCCCACACUAUUACUAUUUUUAAAGCUCACUGCGCUCCACGGCUUCUCUAUGGGCACUCAUAAACUGGAUUUGUGACUGUUCUUUUCCUCAUAAAUGACUUUAAGCUCACAAUGGACUCAGUUUCCCCUGCAGAACCUGUGCAGACGCGCUGUCUCCUGCCUGCAGGCGCGUCUUUGUCAUUUUAAUGUCGCUGUCAUUACCGCGCGUCUGUCUGAUUGUCGCUCCGCAUUUCAGAGCAAGCUAACAAAUUGGGGAGUCUCUCUGCUAGUUGCAAGGCAGACUCUUGUUGUGGACUUCUGAUCUUUAAUUUUUCUUAACUGGAAUAUUUUUGUGUAUCCAAACUUGUUGGUCCUGUCUUCCUGGAGCAAACCGAUGAUGUCGCCCGGCUGCUUGAACCCUUCCUCCCGGUCCACCUGUAGGUUUUUCCUCUGCUUUUUGUGGCUUCUACAAACGCCCCGCUCUUCCUCUCCGCUAAUUACAGGCACUGAAGCCAGCUGUGACAAUGAAGGAGAAGUCCUGCACAUCCCCAACAUCACCGACAACCCCUGCAUCACCUGCGUCUGCCUGGAUGGGAAAGCAGACUGUAAACAGGAGAAAUGUCCGCCCGUCUCUGAUGACUGUGCUCUGGUGGUGAAACAGACUGGCGCCUGCUGUGAACGGUGCAAAGGCUGCUUGUUAGAUGGACGGUCUUAUAACAGCUCCGUAUCCUGGGUGACCUCUACCAAACCCUGCAUAACAAGAAGCUGUCAGGAAGGAGUGAUCACAGAGUCUGAAGUUCAGUGUGUCAUUCACUGCAAGAACCCAAAAAUCCACCCAAAAAAGUGCUGUCCGACCUGCCCGAGUUGCAUCUUUGAGGGUCUCCUUUAUAAAGAGAAGGAAGAAUUCAGUCCUGAAGGCAAACCAUGCAUCAAGUGCAUGUGCACUGGAGGACGGACUCUAUGCAUGAAGGAAGUGUGUCCUGUGCUGUCAUGCCCCGCUCACCUGAGCCACACCCUUCCUGGACAGUGCUGUCCCAGGUGUAUUGGUCAGCGGAAGGUGUUUGAUCUCUCUUUAGGAAGUUGUCUUUUCCACAGCGAUGUGUAUGAGAAUGGCACUUCCUUUAUGCUCAACAACUGUACCACCUGCACAUGCAAGGAUUCAACUGUGCUGUGCAAAAAGCGGUGCUCACGUCCAGGCAGCUGCCAGGGCAGUCAGUGCUGUGAUGAGUGUUUGUCUUAUGUGAAGGUGGAGGAGGUGAAGUACUGCAGAGUGCGAAACAAAAUCUACAGGGAAGGAGACAUGUGGUCGUCAGUGAACUGCACUCUUUGUGCCUGUGUUAAAGGCAAUGUCGAGUGUCGGCCCAAACAGUGUGUGCCCAUCACCAGCUGCCCCUCGAACAAGAUCCUGAACAGAACUGGCUGCUGUCCAGUUUGCACUGAAAAACCUGGGGUAUGCACAGUCUUUGGUGACCCUCACUACAACACCUUUGACGGCAGGACCUUUAACUUUCAGGGCACUUGUCAAUAUGUGCUGACACGUGAAUGUGGCGGGACCCAAUCUGGAAUGCCUGGAAACGGCAUCAACAGCUUCACGGUGUUUGUGAAGAACGAUGCUCGACGAACUCGCUCGUUCUCCUGGACUCAGUUUGUUGAAGUUCGACUCGGCGCUUUGAGUCUCAGUCUGCAUCAGCACCUCACAGUUCGAAGGAAUGGGACUCGCAUUGCACUGCCUUACCACGGCCCUGGGGUGCACAUCGAUUUGGAUGGAUACCUGCUUAAACUCACCACCAUUGCAGGUCUAGAAAUCACCUGGGAUGGCGAUAGUUUUGUAGAAGUUGUUGCUGCUCCCCACCUACGCGGCCGCCUUUGCGGCCUCUGUGGGAACUACAACGGUCAGAAGCGAGACGACACCAUUGGGGGUGACGGCUUGUUGAAGUUCGACGUGGACGAAUUUGCUGAGUCAUGGCGAGUCGAUGGAAAUGAUGUUUGCUCACAGCAGCAUCCACCUCGCAGGUCGACGUCCCACCUGUGCCCCGGCACAGUCAAAGUCAAGCUCCGGGCCCACCGAGAAUGCCAGAAGAUAAAAUCGUGGGAUUUUCAGAAGUGCCACCGUGUGGUUGAUUUUGGGCCGUUCUACAGGUCAUGUGUGACAGACAUGUGUGAGUGUCCGGUCCAUAAAAACUGCUACUGUGAGUCUUUCAUUGCCUACAGCAGAGCCUGUGAGAGAGAAGGAGUGCCUGUACAGUGGAAGCCUGACAACGUCUGCAUGGCCACCCAGUGUAAACAUGACGCAGUGUAUGACACCUGCGGUCCUGGAUGUAUUAAAACCUGCGACAACUGGAAUGAAAUCGGACCCUGUCAUAAACCCUGUGUGGCCGGCUGCCACUGCCCCGCCAAUCUGGUGCUGUUCCAGGGACGCUGCAUCAAACCCACGUCCUGCCCAGGACGGUGACCCUUGUUAACCUCUGACUGAGUGGGAGGGGCUAAUUUAGGGAGACUCGCCUGUAGUGUCCAAACUAGAGGACCAAGCUAACAAAGAGCGGUAAGGACGCUAAUGGGUUCAAGGCUACCAGUCAAAUGCACCAUGGUACUCAGGGUCCAUAAUGUUGCAGAGAAACGUGCUGCAGUGACUUCCAACAUAAGAGAAACAAAAAACGGGGGACGGAUGCAUCUCAAAUGUUCAUGUGACUCUUCUGAUGCCAAAUACUGUGGCAUUUUUAGAAGAAAAACUAAAUAUCAAGAAAAAACUCAGGGCACCAUCUGAGGACCGCUCAGGUUUGGGCCUUUGAGAAGCUGCUUGGGCCAGAGGACUCAUCUCAGAGCCAAUCAGACACCUCCUUGCAGAGAUUUAAGUUGGAGACACUGGGUAUACGGAUUUGUGCAUUACUGAGAAACUUUCUGAUGCAUCAUAUCAAAUUGCCCGAGAUGAUCUCUAUUCUAUCAGUGCAUACUGUAAGCUUACCAGAUUCAUAUAAAAGACAAAACAACUUUUAUAUUAUUAUUGCUCUAAUUAUUAUUAUUAUU